UACCUCUCUGUCUUCACCAUCUAUUUCAACAGAAAGACAAAGUACAUCAGAAUUCACUUCAUCAACAACAGAAAUACCUACUUCCAGUGUAGAGCUAACAACAAGCCAGCAAACACAAACCACUCAGUUUACUUCAACCACAGAAACAGAACCUACAACGACAGCUCAAUCAACCUUUACAGUUAGCUCCCCUACGAGCAUCUCCACAUUGGAAUCAUCUACACUUGAAAAUGGUUCAACACUGGAAACUACAUUGUCCACAAUAGGUACCUCUCCAUCCUUAAUGUCUACUACAACAGAAGGACAAAGUACAUCAGAAGUUAUUUCAUCAACAGCAGAAAUACCUACUUCUAGCAUAGAGCAAACAACAAGCCAGCAAACACAAACCACUCAGUUUAGUUCAACCCCAGAAACUGAACCUACAACAGCUCAAUCAACAGUUACCACAGCUAUGUCCCAAUCGAGCACGUACACAUUAGAAUCAUCUACAAGUGAAAGUGGAUCAACGGUGCAAACUUCUGUGUACACAUCAAGUACCUCUCUGUCUUCACCAUCUAUUUCAACAGAAAGACAAAGUACAUCAGAAUUCACUUCAUCAACAACAGAAAUACCUACUUCCAGUGUAGAGCAAACAACAAGCCAACAAACACAAACCACUCAGUUUAGUUCAACCACAGAAACAGAACCUACAACGACAGCUCAAUCAACAUUUACAGUUAGCUCCCCUACGAGCAUCUCCACAUUGGAAUCAUCUACACUUGAAAAUGGUUCAACACUGGAAACUACAUUGUCCACAAUAGGUACCUCUCCAUUCUUAAUGUCUACCACAACAGAAGGACAACGUACAUCAGAAGUUAUUUCAUCAACAGCAGAAAUACCUACUUCUAGCGUAGAGCAAACAACAAGCCAGCAAACACAAACCACUCAGUUUAGUUCAACCACAGAAUCAGUACCUACAACGACAGCUCAAUCAACAUUUACAGUUAGCUCCCCUACGAGCAUCUCCACAUUGGAAUCAUCUACACUUGAAAAUAGUUCAACACUGGAAACUACACUGUCUACAAUAGGUACCUCUCCAUCCUUAAUGUCUACCACAACAGACGGACAAAGUACAUCAGAAGUGAUUUCAUCAACAGCAGAAAUACCUUCUUCCAGCGUAGAGCAAACAACAAGCCAGCAAACACAAACCACUCAGUUUAGUUCAACCCCAGAAACUGAACCUACAACAGCGUACCUCUCCAUCCUUAAUGUCUACCACAACAGAAGGACAAAGUACAUCAGAAGUUAUUUCAUCAACAGCAGAAAUACCUACUUCUAG